AACGCAUUCACAAACGAAACAAGUUGAAACCGUUAGUUCGGAAGAAAUCAAGCGAAAAGGGGCUGUUUGUGAAGUUUGUGAACGGUUCAAAUAAUUUCAGUUUUAUCCUGAUCGUCCCCAAAGCUUGGAUAAAGGAUUGAGGGUAGGCUGCUGGACAUGGAGGAAGACAACGAAUACCUGAAGCUCUCCACGGAGGAUAAAUGCCAACACAAGCUGUGGAAGGCUCGUCUCAAAGGCUAUGAAGAGGCCACACUACUGUUCCAGCAGCUUGAUGAAAAGGCCCCGGAGUUUAACCGCUAUGCUCCCCUAAUUAAGAAGUUUGUUGCUGACAGCAAUGCUGUGGCGCAAGAGAAGGGCCUGGAGGCUUCCCUGGUCUUCAUGGAGAAUGCCCAUGUGGCUGGCCGGGUGAGUGGUGACGUCGUUGCUGCCAUCGUGCAGAAGGCCAUCGCCGCGCCCAAGACCAGCACCCGGGAGAAGGCGCGCGAUCUGCUCCUCAUGGUGGUCGAAAUCGAAAAGUACGAGAUCGUCCAGGAGGAGCUCAUCAAGGGAUUCUCGCAGAAGAACCCCAAGGUGGUGGCCGCCUGCAUCGGCGCCAUGACUCUGGCACUCAGCUCGUUCGGUCACAAGAUCCUGACGCUGAAGCCGCUGGUGAAGCUGAUCCCCGUCAUCAUGGAGCACAAGGACAAGAGCGUGCGCGAGGAAGCCAAGGGCCUCAUUGUGGAGCUGCACCGCUGGAUCGGGGCGGCCAUCAAGGCACAGCUCACCUCUCUGAAGCCCGUUCAGGUCUCUGAGCUGGAGGCCGAGUUUGAAAAGACGGCCGGCGAGAAACCGCAGCAGACUCGCUUCCUGCGCUCGCAGCAGGACCUGCGCGCCAAAAUGGAGGCGCGCGCCGAGGGCGGCGACGACGACGACGAGGCGGAUGACGACGGCGACGAGCCGGACGCCGUCGACCCGCUGGACCUCAUGGAGCCCGUCAACAUCCUCCCGAUGCUGCCCAAGGACUUUUACGAGCUGCUGGAGGCCAAAAAGUGGCAGGAGCGCAAACAGUCGCUGGAGGCGGCCAAGGAGCUGAUCGCCAAGAACCCGCGCCUGGCCGCCGGCGACUAUGGUGAUCUGGUCAAGGCGCUGAAAAAGGUGAUCACAAAGGACACGAACGUGAUGCUGGUGGCGCUGGCCGGGCAGACGCUGGCCGGCCUGGCCACCGGGCUGCGCAAGCAGUUCUCCCCCUACGCCGUGUCGUGCAUGUCGGCCAUCCUGGACAAGUUCAAGGAGAAGAAGGCGACGGUGGUGGCGGCGCUGCGCGAGGCGGCUGACGCCAUCUACCCGGCCACCUCGCUCGAGGCCAUCCAGGAGGACGUGGUCGGCGCGCUCGGCAACAAGAACCCCAGCAUCAAGGCGGAGACGGCGGCGCUGCUGGCGCGCUGCUUCUGCUACUGCACGCCUGCCAUCCUCACCAAGAAGCUGCUGAAGGUGUACGUGACGGAGCUGGCGCGCCUGCUCAGCGACUCGGAUCCGGCCGUGCGCGAGGCCGCCUCCGAGGCGCUCGGCACCGCCUGGAAGGUGGUCGGCGAGAAGUCGGUGGCCGCCUUCAUGGGCGAGCAGGACCCUCUGAAGGUGGCCAAGGUGAAGGAGUACAGCGAGAAGGCCGAACUGAAGGUGCGCCAGGGCUCGGCCAAGGCCGCCAAGCCGGCCGCCGCGCCCGCCGCCGACAAACCCAAAGUGGUGAAAUCGGGCGGCGCCGCCGCCGCCGCCGCCAAGAAGCCGGCCGCCGGCAAACCGGCAGCAAAGAAGGCGCCGGCCAAGAAGGCGGCCACCAAGUCGGCGGGCGGAGCGUCGUCGUCGGCUGCGGCAGCGGCCGCGCGGCCGGAGGUCACUGAGCCCGAGCUGAGCCCCGAGGAGGCCGACCAGCUGGUGGCCGAGCUCAUCUCGGAGGACAUUAUCAAACAGCUGGCCGACUCCAACUGGAAGACGCGCCUGGAGGCCACGCAGACGCUGCAGCAGACCGUGUCCGGCCGCAGCGACCUGCCCACGCAGGCCAUCCUUGUGGCGCUCAGCCGCAAACCGGGCCUCAAGGACAACAACUUCCAGGUGCUCAAACUCAAGUUCGACGUGGUGCAGCAGCUGGCUGAAAACACAAAGUUCAGCAGGCGGUCGGCCGACCUUUGCCUCUCCGACCUGGUGGACAAGCUCGGCGACCUGAAGACGGGCAGCGGCGCGGCGGCAGCGCUCUCCUCCAUGGCAGAGGCCCUCUCCCUGGAGACGAUCAGCUCAGAGGUGCUGCAGCUGGCCUUCGCGCACAAGUCGCCCAAAGUCCAGGAGGGAGCGCUCAGCUGGCUCAGCAAGAGCAUCCGCGAGUUCGGCUUCACACUGAAGCCGAAGCCGAUCGUCAACUACGUGCGCAAGGCGCUGGCGCACACGAACCCGGCGAUCCGGAACGCGGCCGUGGCGCUGCUGGGCACCAUGCACCUGUACAUGGGCGGAACGCUGCGGCAGCUGUUUGAGGACGAGAAGCCGGCGCUGCUGCAGCAGAUCGACGCUGAGUUCCAGCGGGUAUCUGGCGAGCAGCCGCCGGCGCCGACGCGCGGCCGUCGCGCCGUCGACGCUGCCGCCGACGGCGACGACUCUGGCGAGCGGGAGCCGGCGGCGGCCGCGCCCGUCGAGGACCUGGUGCCGCGAGAGGACAUCGGCGACCGGGUCACGGGCGCCCUGCUGACCGAGCUGGCCGACAAAAACUGGAAGGUCCGUAACGAGGCUCUGCAGAAGGUGGCCGCCCUGCUGCGCCAGGCCAAAUUCGUCACGGCAAACAUUGGCGAGCUCGGCUCGGCGCUGGCCGCUCGCUGCGUCGACUCCAACAAAAACCUGGCGGCCGAGAGUCUGCGCAUCUGUGGCGAGCUGGGCGGCGCGCUGGGCCCGCACUGCCGCGCCCACCUGAAGACGGUCGUUCCCGGACUACUGACGGCGCUGGCAGACAGCAAGCCCAACAUUCGCCAGGCGGCGCUGGCCGCGCUGACCACCUGGAAGGAGCAGACCAGUCUCAAAGAGUUCUUUGAUGGAGAGAUGCUGGCCGACGCGCUCAAGGCGGGCACGCCCAACACACGCUCUGAACUGCUCGCCUGGCUGGCCAUCCAGAUGAAGGAAGUGUCUGGCGGCCUACCCAAGGACGACCUGACGGCCUGCGUGCCGCACCUGUACACGGCGCUGGAGGACCGCAGCGCUGAGGUGCGCCGCGCCGCCGCCGACGCCGUCCUGCCCUUCAUGAUCCACCUGAGCUACGAGGCCAUGGCGCGACACGCCGGGAAACUCAAGCCGGCCUCCAAGACCACGGUGAUGGCAGCGCUGGACAAGGAGCGGCCAAACGUGCCGGCCAAGGCGCCGCCCAAGCCCAAGAGCGCGGCGGCGGCUGGCCGCGCGCCGCCGGCCCGCCUGGCCUCGGCCCAGUCGGAGGAGGAGCUGCUGGAUGACGAGCCGUCGGCCGCGCCGCCGUCCGGGAAGGCUGUCCGCGGCGGCGGCAAGACGCAGCGCGCCGCCUCCAAAACCAGGGCGGGCUCACGAGCGACCAGCGCCCGGUCGGCAAAGGACGAGGAUGCCGACCUGGCGCCGCCACUUCAGGUCAACAACUUGAAGCGCCAGCGGGUAGCGGAUGAGGUCAAACUCAAGUGUCUGAAGUGGAACUUCAGCCAGCCCCGCGCCGAGUUCCUGGAGCAGCUCAAGGACCAGAUGACGAAUGCCGGCGUCAACAAGACGCUGAUGACGCAGAUGUUCCACUCGGAUUUCAAGCAGCACAUCAAGGCCAUCGACACGCUGUCUGGGUGCACCGACUCGAGCUUCGAGGCGGUCUCGGCUAACCUGGACCUGCUGCUCAAGUGGAUGACCCUGCGCUUCUUCGACACCAACCCGACGGUGAUCAUCAAGGGUCUGGAGAUGUUCCACCAGAUCUUCAUCCGGCUGGCCGACGACGAGUACCGGCUGCUAGAGCAGGAGGCCACCGCCUUCAUCCCGUACGCCAUUGUCAAGCUGGGAGACCCCAAGGAUUCAAUCCGAGCGUCGAUGCGGAACAUAUUCCGCGAGCUGUACAAAAUCUACCCGGCCAGCAAGGUGUUCCUGUUCGUCAUGGACGGACUCAAAUCGAAGAACGGCCGUCAGCGCGCCGAGUGUCUUGACGAGGUGGGCUACAUGAUCGAGACGUUCGCACUGGGAGUGUGUCAGCCGUCGGCGGGUGCCGCCCUGAAGGAGGUGGCCAGGCAGAUCGGCGACAGGGACAACGCGGUGCGCAAGGCCGCGCUCAACGCUCUCGUACAGGCUCACUACAACACCGGAGACAAGCUCUACAAACUGAUCGGAAAUAUCUCCGACAAGGACCUCUCGCUGCUGGAGGAGCGCAUCAAGCGCGCCCCGCCUCGCGCCGCACCGCCGCCGCCGGCCGCCGAGCGGCCCCGCUCGUGCGUGGAGCCCAGUCACCAGGAGCAGGAGCCGGCGCCGCCCAGGCCCCGCUCCGGUCUGCCGACGGCGCCACCGCCUGCCGAGCCGGACGAGCCGCCGGCUCCACCGCGUCCGCGCAACGAGAUCACUGAGUACUGCGAGCGUCUGAUGAGCCAGUACCCGCGCACGGCGGCCGCCGAUAUGGAGGAGUUUGAGCUGCACUGGCGUCAGGUGUGGCGCGAAAUGGACGCCAUCAUCAACGAGCCGCCGCUCGUCACGCCCACAUUCAAACACAGCUGGACCAAGCCCAACUCCCAGUCUGCUUACCACACGGCCGAACUGGAGCAGUGGGUGGGCCAGGUGGCUGAUCCCGACCCGGCCACCGUCCGACGAGGGCUGGAGCGUCUGAUGACCGUGCUCAAGUCAAACGAGCACGACGUGCUGGCCGACCACACGGGCCGGAUCCUGGAGGCGUCCACGGUGCAGUACCGGCGCCUGCUGGCCGCCGUCGAGGCCGACGAGAAGCCGACGGCGGCGCUGGCGCGCGAGGUGUCGACGCUGCUCACCACGCUUCUGCACUACCCGUCGCUGGCGGACAAGUGUUCGCACGAGGCGCUGCAGCAGCUGGUGGCCGCCUCCCUGGAGAUCAUCACGUGCCCGAAGCUCUCCAAGCAGGGCGAGGGCGCCGCUAUUCUGGCCGCAGUCAACAAGCUGACUGUGCGGCUGGUGGAGAAGGCCAACCAUACCAACCUGGUCUGCGCCCUGGUGGCGAUGCUGCGGGCCUCGGUCUCGUCCGGAGCGGCCGGCUCACCCUACCAGGAGCUGCUCAUGAAAUGCAUCUGGAAGGUAGUCCGUCUGCUACCCGAAUGGCUGUCGCAGCUCGAUUUCCACGAGAUUAUGCUCGAAAUCCACAGGUUUCUUGAGGCGCACCCGUCCAGCUGGUGGAAGACGAUGGCUUCCGACACGCCGCUGCGCACCGUGAAGACGGUGCUGCACUCGCUCGCCUCCAUAUUCGGCUACCAGGUGCUCACCUUCGUCGGCCUGAUCGAGAACGCCGACAAGACCGAGCUGUGGGCCUACCUGAUGAAGGUGCUCACCACCACCGGCGGCGAGGCCACGCUCAAACUGACCGAGGACGCCCGGCAGCCCGGCGCCGGCGCCUCGGCCUCACCCUCGCCGGCCGGCGGCAAGUUCUCCAAGUCCACCUACGAUCAGCUGUCAGAGAUCUUCAAGAAGAUCGGGACUAAAGAGAACACCAAAGAGGGCCUGGUUCAGCUGUACGACUUCCGACUGCAGAACCCGGACGCCGACAUCCAGGCCUUCCUCAGCAAGUCGUCGCAGUUCUUCCAGAACUACGUGGAGCGCGGUCUGAAGGGUAUCGAGGCGCAGCGGCUGCGCAGUGGUCAGCAGACGGCCGGCGCGGCGGCCUCCGCCUCCGACCGCGACCGUACCUGGCGCCAGGAGCAGCUCAGGAUGAGGAAGGACGCAGAGCGCCUGCUGGCGGAGCUGCCGCCGCUGCCAAAGGACCCCAGCGACGAGCGGCGGCCGGACGUGCACAUUGACCGGUUCCGCGAGCUGCUGCGCCACUGGCCCGAGCACCAGCACCUGAUCCGCGACCUGGACCAGCUGCAGGCGUCGUGGCGCUCCGGGGCGGAGGCGCCGCGCCGGCCGACCUCGCAGCAUCACCAGACGUCCACACCGCCCAGGGCCACGGGCCCGUCAGCCGGUGUGGGAGGCAGCCCCCAGCAGCCGGUGGCCGAUGCCGCCGAGAUCGAGGAGUACCGGCGCCGGCUGGCCAAGUUCCGCAACCCGGCGCCGUAGCGCGGCCGUGACGGUCCUCCCGUCUGUGAUGAGCGGCCACUCCGCCCCUCCCCCCCCCAGGCUGCUGUCCCCGCGGGGCCACUCCGCCCCCCCCCCCCCCCCCCCCCCCCAAACACGGCUGACCCGAGCCGGUCCAGCUGGCGACCCGACCCAAGAUCGACUGCGAUACCACCUGAAACGUUUAUGAUUUUACUGCACAAAAGGACACCGACGGAUAGAACACAAAGCCGCGACAUGAGUGUCGACGGAUAGAGUAAUUUAAUCGGCUAUUAAUUGCUUUUAGGUACUAAACAUGCCAGCACUAAAGCCUGUCGACUAAGCGGAUGUAACAUGUAGCACCUUUCGUUGGUCGCAGUUAGUCGAAAGUCACGCCACGCGUCUCACUCUUCCGGGUCUAUCCGUACUAUUCAGUCAAGAACGAUGCAUAGAGCUCAUACAGUGAUCGGGCGCGCGUGUGCAUCGUCCGAAGCGCCAUUUUCAUCGUGCUUGUUUGCUUAUAACAUGAUAGCUUUCACAAUAUGUACUGUGUACGUUCUGGUGAAGGAACAAAUAAAACUUAUCAGAGAA